AUGACAGAACCAUUCAACCCUGGCUUGUCAUACCUCGAUCACGAGGGAGAAAAUCAGUGGAACGAAAGUGAUCCUCCGUUCUCCUAUAUUUUCGCUGAUCCCUGGUCCCCUCUUCUCGAUGAUCUUUUAUAUAAACCUGCUCUUGAAUCUCCCUCCGCUCUCCUCACCCCUGACUCUACGACUUCCACCUCAGUCGGUGCUCUUCUUGAGAUCACCGAUAAUCAAUACGAGAAGCGCUCCCAGGCCGAAGAGGGCGCCGCUGCUGCCGAUACUCCGAGCCUUGAUCUUCACGACGGGAUAUCUGACAUCACCUCCACAAUCAUCUCCACUGCGGACGAAGAGCAAGGACCGAUGGCUGCCUCAGAUGAUACCUCCCAGAGGCCUACAUCUUAUGCCAAAGUCUCGAGGGUUGCUAAAUCUAGUCAUGGCAGUCCACUAAAGUGCAAAUGGAAGCACUGCGAAUACUCAGGAAGUUUCUCUCAAAGGGGAGCCCUGCUGCGCCAUAUCAAAACAAAGCACAUCUCGCCGGGAUUAUAUGAAUGCCCCGAGGGAGAGUGCCAGAAGAAUUUCAAUCGAAAGGAUAAUUUGAUUGCGCAUAUCCGGAAUGUUCACCGCGAAAUGGUUUGA